AUGAACACUCCAUCAUGUCCAUCAUGGCCCGGCGGUUCAAAAAUCUCUCGUCUCUGGUCUGCAAAGGGUGAUGAACGUUGUUUUCCACCUGAAUCCGAUGAUUAUAAAGAUUGGUCUCUGAUGCAAUUAAAACGUGAGAUUACACAACGACAAUUAAAGACAAAUCCACGUCGACGUAAUAAAGACGCAUUUGUGCGUGUUUUGCUCCAAAAUGAUCAAGAACAGACAAAAGACUCGACUUUGAAACAUACGAUGGAUGAGGAAAAUCCGGUUAUGUUUAUACCUACUUCAACAUCCGAAUUACAAAGUAUACACACUAUACAUGGUACAACGACGACUACUAAUAGUAGAGAUCAACAAGAGGGUCUCUAUGGAACGAAUGGAGAAGGACGUAUACAACAUCAACAAGAGGAAAAUUCAAUGUAUACAACUGAUAAAGAACAUCAGCAGCUACAGGAUCAGAUAUUUGCUCAUGUUCAUGUGACACAAGCUCCACGUCUAGUUUCUUCCUCACCAUCAGGCCAUUCAAUUCAAUCAUCACCUCACCUUGAGUCGGAGACUUUGGUUCCAAGUGUCGUGAAUGUUGCAACAGCUCAUGAGUCAGAGGUGGAGAGUUUUCAGGUUACAAAACGGCAAAGAAUGGAAGAUAUGGAGAAUGUGAGUGAUGAGAAUGAGAUGAAGAAGAGGGAGGAGAAGGAGAAGAAGGAGAAGAUAAAGGAGACGAUGAGGAAGAAGAAUGCUGCAGCAGGAGCAAGGAGUGAAUCAAUGGCACAACAAAAGGAUGGAAAAAAAGAAGACGUGACAGAGUAUUGGAAACGAAAAUUAAGUGUACAGGCCGCACGUUUUGAGCUUGAAAGUCGACGAUUGGAUCUAGAACUCAAACGUGAACAGAGAAAGAGUGAAUUGCAUGCAGUGCAACUUGCGUUAGCACAGGAACAAUUGCAACAAGCUGAAAUUACAACGCAAAAGAUGAAGACAGAGUGGAUGGUGGAGCAGAUGAUUCAAAAAAAGAGAUUGAAUGAUGCCAAUAUCUCGCACAAUGACUCGGCAGCUCUUGGAAUGUACUUGUCAUGA